GUCAUCCGUGGCCCCUGAAGGACCUCCUCUAUCUAUUUUCGUUUUUGUAUUCGACAGACAAUAUGUAGCCUUCGGAUGGUAAGGACGCGAUCGACCUCUACUGGAGGCCAGGAGCCUGCACCUGCACCUGCACCUGCACCUGCACCUGCACCCGCAUCUAUACCCGUUGCCCGAGCAGCUGUCCGUGGGCGAGGCAGGGGACGUGGCAGGGGACGUGGCAGGGGCAGAGGCCGUGUAGCUAUUCCGGAUAGGAACCAAACACCAGCACCUGCUCAGGACCUUGACAUAGAGUUGACUCCGGAGCUUGACAAUAUUCCGGAUGAGAAGAUUAGGGCUGCUGAGACACAGCCUGGGGUCGCUGCUACUCCCGAUUUUCAGGGGGCUGUGUUUCGAGUGUUGGGAUACUUCGACAGUUUGGCUCAGGCGGGAAUGAUUCCAGUUGCUCCAGAUGGCUCGCAGACUAGAGUGGGAGGUCAUACUCCCGAUGCUACGGGCGCUCCGGGGAUUUCGGACAUCGGGGAUAUUACGGCAGCGGCGCGGUGGCGCCCGUAUUGA